CCUGGCUUUGAGGGCCGGGAGGAAGGGAGCGGGGUGUGGAUUGACGGAGCAGGGAGCCUUUUGAAUGAUUGAAAGUUGAUUUCAUGCUUAUAACCCGGACUCUAUUCUGUUACUAAAGGGUGAUCAUAGCAGAACACGAAUAGUGGGCUUUUGGUGUAAGAAAGAAUGCUAGGAGAAGAAAAGUUGUUUCACAGGAAUUGUUUUCCAGUGACAGUGCGACGUCAAAACUCCGAAAUGUUUCUAACUCUGGGCGGAGAAUGGAGAUUAGAAAGAAACACAGUUCGCCCAGGAAUUGCCCCAAAGUUAGCAGGGGAGGCCGCCGCUGGCUGUCUUUAAGUGAAACGUUGCAAUGCUCGUCUGUUUCACUUUUGGGAGGACAUAUUUUGGUCCAGCAUAAAAGGCUGCUGUUGAUACAACAGGGAAAGAAAUGCUAAUGUAGUUGCUUUUUACACCUGAGUAGUAUUUGCCAAGUGGAGUAGAAUCCAAUUCCAGCUGACACUGGCAACUCUCCCGAAUGAAGUGAGGUUUCUGUGCAUCACAUCUUGGAAGAUGGCUCUUAGGGACUUGGUCUUGAAGGAAAAUUGGAUAGUCGAGGCAUCCAGAGGUUUUGGAGCAGAGUGGCAAUUCUUCUGUGUGGCUGCAAUGCAUAUCAUACUUGGGCUUUCUGAGAACAAAAAUAUAUUAGAGUUGUGCCCCGAGGGGCAAUGUACUAUUUUGGCAGAAAGAUCUUUUAAAUGGGAAGUACCCAAGAUAUAAUCAUCCUUUGUUAGGCAGAAGCUGGUGCCUGUAAUAUUGGCCACUUUCACAUUGUUGCCAGAAAACACUGAAAUUUUGUUUAUGUAGAUGGGAGUAGCCAAGGGUACUAAGUUGAUGUUUAGGAAUAGGAUUUCCUUGUGAUUUUAUUACUGAUUUCUGAAAUAAAUUGCACUAAACAAUUUUGAUUAUAUUUGCACAUCUCUUCGUUUCUAAAAUUGGUGUAAUUUUCUAUUCUGCUAGGAAGUAAGAAUUUUAUGAGGAUUUUUAUUGUGAAUUGUGUUGGGGGAGAAUCAUCCUAUAAAAGUCUUUGUUGCCAAACUGGAAUACCUUCACAAGCCACACUUUUUCUCUAGACUCUGCAGAAAGCGCAACAGUGAUGGAGUACAUGAGCACUGGAAGUGACAAUAAAGAAGAAAUUGAUUUAUUAAUUAAACAUUUAAACAUGUCCGAGGUGAUAGACAUCAUGGAAAAUCUUUAUGUAAAUGAAGAGCCGGCAGUGUACAAACCUGGUCUGAUGACCAUGUGUCAAGACAGUAAUCAAAACGAGGAGCGUGCGGAAUCUGUGCUGCUUAGCGGCCAAGAGGUGCCUUGGUUGUCGUCGGUCAGAUAUGGAACUGUGGAGGAUUUGCUCGCUUUUGCAAACCACAUAUCCAACACUGCAAAGCAUUUUUAUGGACACCGACCACAAGAAUCUGGAAUUUUAUUAAAUAUGGUCAUCACUCCUCAAAACGGACGCUACCGAAUAGACUCUGAUGUUCUCCUGAUCCCGUGGAAACUGACUUACAGGAAUAUUGGCUCUGACUUCAUUCCUCGAGGGGCCUUUGGAAAAGUGUACUUAGCACAAGAUACAAAGACAAAGAAAAGGAUGGCGUGUAAACUGAUCCCAGUAGAUCAAUUCAAGCCAUCCGAUGUGGAAAUCCAGGCUUGCUUCCGGCACGAAAACAUCGCUGAGCUCUAUGGCGCGGUCCUGUGGGGCGAAACUGUCCAUCUCUUCAUGGAAGCAGGAGAGGGAGGGUCUGUUCUGGAGAAACUGGAGAGCUGUGGACCAAUGAGGGAAUUUGAAAUUAUUUGGGUGACAAAGCAUGUUCUUAAGGGACUUGAUUUUCUACACUCAAAGAAAGUGAUUCACCAUGAUAUUAAACCCAGCAACAUCGUCUUCAUGUCCACAAAAGCCGUGCUGGUGGAUUUUGGCCUAAGUGUUCAAAUGACUGAAGAUAUCUACUUUCCUAAGGACCUCCGAGGGACAGAGAUUUACAUGAGCCCAGAGGUAAUUCUGUGCAGGGGCCAUUCAACCAAAGCGGACAUCUACAGCCUGGGGGCCACGCUUAUCCACAUGCAGACCGGCACCCCGCCUUGGGUGAAGCGCUACCCUCGCUCGGCCUACCCCUCCUACCUGUACAUAAUCCACAAACAAGCGCCUCCACUGGAAGACAUUGCAGAUGACUGCAGUCCAGGCAUGAGGGAGCUGAUGGAGGCCGCCCUGGAGAGGAACCCCAACCACCGCCCGAGAGCAGCAGACCUACUAAAGCACGAAGCCCUGAACCCCCCCAGAGAGGACCAGCCACGCUGUCAGAGUCUGGACUCUGCCCUCUUUGAGCGCAAGAGGCUGCACAGUAGGAAGGAACUGGAACUUCCCGAGAACAUCGCAGAUGCUUCAUGUACCGGGAGCACUGAGGAAUCCGAGGUGCUGAAGAGACAGCGUUCUCUCUACAUAGACCUCGGGGCCCUGGCUGGCUAUUUCAACCUUGUUCGGGGUCCCCCGAUGCUCGAAUAUGGCUGAACCAUGGUGCGCUUGCUCUAAACUGGGACAGCAUUUGUCUCCUGGAAGUUGGUUCUGCUGACUCUACCUGGUGACUCUGUACAGUGAAUUAUGCCAUUUAUUAGGGGACAGGGUGGGCUCCGAUGACUCAUGAAUGUGACUCCAGGGGGCCCCUGUGUAUUUAAUUUAUGAAGUUACUCUGGUGUAGACCAGGGCUCGAGGUUCUCAAUUCUCAGGUGAUGUGACUCCAAGGAAAGAAGUUGAGAGUUCAUAGAAGGAUCAUUUCUGCUGACUGAUUCCAUUCACUGUGCAUUUUACUCAAAAUUUUAAAAAUACCAAUCACAAGGAUACUAUAUUAGCCAAAAUUACUAUUCUUGGUUCUUAUUAAAGUAUAGGAUCUUCAUUUAACUCAGAAUAGUUGUUUUGUGUAUACUGGUGAAUAUUAUAUAACUCUUUGAGCCUUUGUUGGUAGAUUCUGGUGUAAAUUGAAUUCAUUAUGUUUUGGGUGAAUGGAACAACUUGAAUAUUGUACCAAUAUGCUGGACUAGUGUCUUCAAAAUGGCUAACUGAUGAAUUAGGAGUCAUCUGACAGCAGGUCACUAGUGACAGUUUCUGUUAUGUUCCUAUGGAAACAUUUUGUACUGUACAUGCUAUGCUUAAAACAUUCAAAACGUGAUGUUUUUGAAUGUGGAUAAAACUGUGUAAACCACAUAAUUUCUGUACAUCCCAAAGGAUGAGAAUGUGACCUUUAAGAAAAAUAAAAAUUUUGUAAAUUAUUGAUGAUGCUACUUUUGUAAUUCUUAUAAUUCUAUUUUCUUUUAAGCAUUUGUAUAUUAAAAUAGCAUACUGUGUAUGUCUUAUAUCAAAUGCUUUCAUGAAUCUUUCAUAUAAAUAUAUAUUUAACAUUGUAAAAUAUGUAAGUAGUCCUGUUGAAAGUAUGUUUUUACAUUAUGCUAAUGAAACCCAACACUUUUGUCCAA